ACUUGAGUAAUCGGUGUUCUUACGACGUCGAUCUGGGGGCGGCGCUCAAUUGUUCUCGCUCCUGGCACAUUUCGGGACAACGCUCACGCGGGACUGUUGCAUGCGACCGAUCCCCGCACUGCUGCUCUUCGUGUCCGCACAAACAAGGCUAUUAUGUGACGCAAGACUCCUGACUUUCAACACCGCAAAGGAAGGUUCGAGAGUACAUAUUAAGGCCAGGAGCGCACAUCCACAUUCAUAUGAUUUGCGAAGAAAUUCCAACUUUGUCCUCGAUAAUAUCUUUAGAUAGCUGCUUGCUACAACGACGGUACAUUACGCUUCCGACGUUCUCGGCGGAUUGAAAGAUGUCUGUGGUGACUCAAUCAACGCCCACGCCAGCUCAUCUGCUGGUCUACGAGGCACAACAACUUCCAAAGCUGCGAUCAAAUUAUGGCGAGAGCCUGGACCGCUCGAGCAUCGGCUGGCUGAAGCAGACACCAGCUGACAGCCCCAUCGACAAAAUGCGCAAGCGCUACGAGGAAGAUGGCUACAUUUACGUCAAAGGCUUGCUUCCAGUGCAGGAUGUAUUGGACGUUCGAGAAGCCUACUUUGCGCACCUCGCUCCUACUGGCAUUCUCAAGCCUGGCACGACUGCACGCGAUGGCAUCUUCGACACGACGCAGGAUCCCAUCGUCCAUAACGGCAACGGAUCAACGUCGCUGCCCAAAGGGAUUGAAAGGCAGAAGUUGCUAGAGUCAGCGCAUGUCCUACCCAUCUACAUGGAAUUCGUGAAGCAUCCGAAGCUGAGGAGCUUCGUUCGGGAGUUUAUGGGAUGGGAGGAGGAGGUGCUCGCCAAACGGACACUGCUGAGACACAACGUCCCGAACGGCAUCUCAACCGGCGUCCACUACGACCGUCUGUUUCUACGUGGCGGUGAAGCCGAGUUCCUGACUGCUUGGAUUCCUUUUGGCGACUGUACCGCUGAAGGCGGUGGGUUGAUGUACUGGGAGAACUCGACAGACAUUGGCAAGGCUAUGGAGGCGGACUUCAUGAAGCGGGCCGAAACUUUCACGAAAGACGAGCGCAUCAGCGCGUUCAACCAGAACAUGUCACGGCUUGGCCACCUGUCACAUGACGUGAGCAACUUCAGCCGCGAUACUGUCGCGAACGAGAAGUGGGCGAAGUUGAUCCCGCAGGACGCCAGUAUGCGGUGGCUCAUUUCGAACUUUGAGGCUGGCGAUGUUGUGUUUCACAAUCCGUAUCUGAUCCACGCCGCCGUUAAGAAUGAAGAUCGGGAGGCCAAGAUUAGGUUGGCUGCUGACAUCAGGUUCUACGAAGAAGGUGCCCCGCUGGACCAGCGAUGGAUGCGCGGUGCGUGGCGUGCUGAUGAUGGGCUUUGAGCGAGCCGGGCCUCCGCAUUCCAGUCGCGUAUGCAGGCAAAUACUUCAGCCCACAUACAUCUACCAGUCUGACGGCGUUUGUCG